UUUAUUCCGUGACGUCGCGGCGGCGGCGGCGGCAGCGUCGCCUAACCCUAGCUAAACCCCCCUUCUCCCUUGCGCCUCCGCUUCGCGAGCCUCAUCUCCUCGAUCUCUUUCGAUUCAGUGGAAAACCUAGGAGACCGGCGCGGCAUGGCGGAGUCGGGCUCGUCGGGCCUGGAGGAGAAGCUGGCGGGUCUCUCCGCGGGCUGCGGCGAGGAGCCGCAGCAGCUCUCGAAGAAUGCCAAGAAGAGGGAGGAGAAAAGGAAGAAGCAGGAGGAGGAGCGCCGGUUGAAGGAGGAAGAGAAGAAGAAGAAGGCCGCUGCAACAGCAGCUGCUAGUGGAGAGCCCCCGAAGGAAUCUGCCGCCGACGAUGAGGAAAUGGAUCCCACUCAAUAUUAUGAGAAUCGCCUCAAGGCACUUGAUUCACUCAAGGCCACGGGUGUAAACCCCUAUCCCCAUAAGUUCCUGGCUAAUAUUACCGUAGCCGAUUAUAUUGAGAAAUACAAGAGCAUGAAUGUUGGGGAUAAGCUUGUUGACGUCACCGAGUGCCUAGCAGGGAGGAUCAUGACCAAGAGAGCGCAAUCUUCCAAGCUCUUAUUUUAUGAUCUUUAUGGUGGUGGUGAGAAAGUUCAAGUUUUUGCUGAUGCCAGGACCUCAGAGUUGGAAGAUAAUGAAUUCAUUAAGUUUCACUCUACUCUGAAACGAGGUGAUAUUGUUGGUGUAUGUGGUUAUCCAGGAAAGAGCAAGAGAGGGGAGCUCAGUAUAUUCCCAAAGAAAAUUGUUGUGCUCUCCCCAUGCCUUCAUAUGAUGCCUCGACAGAAGAGUGAGGGAAGUGCUGUUCCCACUCCAUGGGCUCCAGGAAUGGGUAGGAACAUCGAAAAGUAUGUUUUGAGGGACCAGGAAACCCGAUAUCGUCAACGAUAUCUUGAUCUCAUGGUAAACCAUGAAGUGAGGCAUAUUUUCAAGACAAGAUCAAAAGUUGUCUCUUUUAUUCGGAAAUUUCUUGAUGGUCUUGACUUUUUAGAGGUGGAGACUCCAAUGAUGAACAUGAUUGCAGGUGGAGCAGCUGCAAGGCCUUUUGUCACACAUCAUAAUGAGUUAAACAUGAGGCUUUAUAUGCGUAUUGCUCCUGAGCUCUAUCUGAAGGAAUUGGUUGUUGGGGGGCUGGAUCGUGUUUAUGAAAUUGGGAAGCAGUUCAGGAAUGAAGGAAUUGACCUGACGCACAAUCCUGAAUUCACAACAUGUGAAUUUUAUAUGGCAUAUGCAGAUUACAAUGACUUGAUAGAGCUUACUGAAACCAUGUUAUCUGGUAUGGUUAAGGAGUUGACAGGUGGCUACAAGAUUAAAUAUCAUGCUAACGGAGUUGAGAAACCACCAAUAGAGAUUGAUUUCACACCUCCCUUCAGAAAGAUAGACAUGAUUGAAGAAUUAGAGGCUAUGGCUAAACUCAAUAUACCUAAAGAUCUCUCAAGUGAUGAAGCAAACAAGUAUUUGAUAGAUGCCUGUGCCAAAUAUGAUGUCAAAUGCCCACCUCCCCAGACUACAACACGGUUGCUUGAUAAGCUAGUUGGCCAUUUCUUGGAGGAGACAUGUGUGAAUCCCACGUUUAUUAUCAACCAUCCAGAGAUAAUGAGUCCAUUGGCAAAGUGGCAUAGGUCUCGACCUGGAUUGACUGAGAGGUUUGAGCUCUUUGUUAACAAGCAUGAGGUGUGCAAUGCAUAUACAGAGUUAAAUGAUCCUGUUGUUCAGAGGCAACGGUUUGAGGAACAACUAAAGGAUCGUCAAUCUGGUGAUGAUGAAGCUAUGGCAUUGGAUGAAACAUUCUGCACAGCCCUUGAGUAUGGCCUACCACCGACUGGUGGUUGGGGAUUGGGAAUUGAUCGCCUUACAAUGUUGCUGACUGAUUCUCAGAAUAUCAAGGAAGUUCUUCUAUUCCCGGCUAUGAAGCCUCAAGAUUAGAUAUGUCCACAAAGCAGGAACCUGUCAGAAGGAUUAAAGCAGACUGAAUGCUGACUGAGAGGAUUUCAAUUGGCCCUCGAGAUGGAGGAUUUGAAGGAAACUUAUAAUUUUGUUUUAAUUGUGCAUGUGAGGUUUCCAUGUCCUAUUGUACUUUAUUUUUGGAGAACAUUGGUGGUCAGUUAAGCAAACAGUUAAUCUCGCUGCAAAGAUAUCAAGCGUAACUUAUAAGAUGACUUAAGUUUGUGCAAUUUCUGUGGCCUUACUUGAAAAUGAUAGCGCGUUAUUUGCGGUCUUGAA